GGCAUGCUCGGCUCAGGCUCUGUGCAGUGCUCAGUCUCAGCAGCUAAAGCUGGGCGCAGGGGAACUGCGACGGCCGCGCCAAGCAUCUUCCCAGUGAUGGCCUCUGCUGAGCAACCGCGCUCCAGCUUCCACCAGCAGCACUGCGCAUAAGGCAACACACCCACCUUUGCCCUCCUGCCCAGAAGUGAGAGACACCACCAUGUACAGUGUGGAGGACCUCCUCAUUUCGCACGGAUAUAAAUUGCCCAAGAGUGGCCCUCCGUCUGCCACGCCUUAUGACAAGCGCCCUGCUGAUUGCCAGCGUGAACUUGUGGACAACAGGGCUGGCCGGGGGACACUGAACGGGUACGAGGCGGACCGGGGGGCAUCUUUCACAGGCAUCUAUGGCAGCAGGCAGGCACUGGUGAAGGGCUACCCCGCCACGGACAACGAGAGCGGGGAAAGGAUCCAAAGGAGAAAAGAACUCGGCAUCGGUAUCCUAGGUGACGCUCAGCCCUUGGGUGAUUCUCUCGCCACAGAUAGUGGGUUCUACGAUGUUCCAAGUUUGACUUAUUCAGAGCCACUGAGCCAUGACGAGAGGGAUGUUUCCUACUGGCGGAGGCGAGGCCAGGACUUCAGCAUCCUCCUGGACUAUGCUGAUGGCAGGGAGCUGAGGGCCUCUGCUGGCGCAUGGAGGCCACAGGCCCUGAUUGCAGCAGAGGAACACAGAGCAGAGAGGCAAGCGCAGCAGCUAUGGGAGGACAUUUCCUGGCUAAGGGACCUGGAUGCAGCCCCUGGUCAGCUAAGGGUGACUGGGGAGAGGAAGUGCCAGAGCCUCGGUACAGAGGAGUGGAGGCCUGCUGUGGGCCUGGGAAGGCAGCUGUCGGAUGGGGACGGGGACAGGUGGGCUCAGGACCAGUACCGCCUGAGGACACCUGAGGGUUUUUUUCACCCUAGAACAAAAGCAAAGUCUCAGUCACUCCCAAGAGUUUUGUCACCUGAUGGAACUACCAUCAGAGAGCUCAUACCAUCCAGGCCUAGCCUGCCUGAUAGACAGAGGAUAAGCAGCACUGUCUUCUCUGGGCCCUAUAGUAGGUAUAUCUAUAGUGGUGCUGUUGUCAGGGACCGGUGGGGUAGGAAUGCUGGGCCAAGCAGCCAUGUUGCACUUUUACCAAAGCCCAGGUUCAGCAGGCCUUUAAAGCCUCCUUCAUAUGAGACUCACCAGCAGACUAGGGGUAGCGCAGAAAUGCUUGCUAUAGAACAGGGUGCCAAACAAAAAGAAAGGCCUAUCUACUAUCCAAGGGGUGGGGAGCUGAGACAAGACUAUUUCGCACAACAAUCUGCCAUCUCUGGAAUGGAGCCCCCUGGCUACAUCCCACCCCCAUCUUAUAGAAGAGGCCCACCCCCAAGAGCAGUUUCAGUCAACCGCAAUGAAAUGGCAAACCUAAGAUGGAGGGCGGAAUCUCUGCAUUUGCCCAGCUCAGAUCCUGGAAGGUGGUUUUACAGACAGGCAGGUUCAUGGCUGGAACAUUAUGGAGAUCGUGCUGCGUCCUAUCGAAAACAGGUACAUUCUGGACAUGAAGAACAACCAGGUCAUGCCCGUCAAUUACCCACUGAAGACCCAAGAGUGAAGCAAAUCUCAGGAGGACCUAGCGGAAAUUCUCUCACUGACUCAGACAAGAUCCGUAACAUCAACAAAGAGACUCCGUCCGCUAAGAUUUUAGGACAAUCUACACAUGAUAGUGCCUUUCCUCCCCAACAGGGGUCAGCUCUCAAUACUGACAGCCGCAAAACAGCUCUCAAUGACAACGACAACAGUAAUCGAUGGUGCAACAGGGGAUUAAACAAAAAAAGUGACAGUGUAGGUCCUGAACAAAACCGUAGUCUGUUUUUUCCUUCAUCUAUUCUGGGUAAACCACCACCUCCCCCAUGCAAGCCGGCUGACCAGGGUGUCUCUGAAACUGUGACGGAAGUAAAAAAGGUGGAACAACCUGAACCACCAGAGAAAGACAAAUCCAAGAAUCUAAAAAAGAGACUUAGUGAGACAAUUUUUUGUUUGGUGUCUGUACCUGUUACUCCGCAGCUCAGUGGGACAAUCCGUGAUCAGAAUAAUAACAACGAGAAGUCACCAGACCCAGCGGACAGUCCUAGUGACAACAAAACUGGCCAUUUAACAAACCAAAGUCUCCAAAGCACAUCUUCAGCUGAAGCUGAGCUGCAAGCACUAACUGGUAGCAUAGCGAGCAGCAAAACAAGCAGUAGAGCGAGCAGCAAAAUGUUUAAAAAAGUUCCCUGUAGACCCCCUAAAAUAAACCAUUACAAGGAGAUGAAACUGUCGGGAACCUGGCCUGCAAACCAGUAUCGAGACCAGGAGACACAAACUAGCCCAGAGGCCCAAAAACCUGCCUCUGAAAACAAGGAAGCACAACAAGACCCUAUCCCUCCCGACACUGAAGUCCCUCCUGACAGCAGUGGUGCAGUGGGCACUGCCUUCAGUUUUCCUAUUAAGGGAGUGAAGAGCCUGAAACUGUCAAGUAACAGCGCCUUCUCCCUGACCGCCACCUUCUCCAACCAGCUGAACAAGAGCACAGCUCAGCAGCCAGCAGUACCACCCUCAGGAAAUGUGGAGGAACCAGCAGCAAAUAGUGGGCAGGAGGCAUUUGAACCAUUCCUGCUGAAACCGGUCAGCCAGCGUCCAUGGGAUGCUGUCAAAGAGCUGGAGACCAUCAAAAAAGAAGUCCAGGAUCAACAGCAGCAGAAGAGCAGCAAACAGCCAAGCGUUGAUAAGUGCAUAGAGGACCUCAACGAGGCCUACAAAGACAUCUUGGAGCUAGGCACUGCCAGCAAUAAAGUCCCAAAUGGUUCUGUUCAAAUCCCUGAGCGUAUCAAAAUCCGAUUGACAUCAGAACCUCUUAACAAGCCCAGCAGCCUUAGGCGCAGUGCAGUAAGCUGGUCUGUUGACCCAGAAUACAGGGAAGUCAAGAGCGCCUUCUCUAGGCCUGCUACAAAGUCAGUAACCUUCAGCAAGCAGCUUAGGGAGGAGCUCCCCGUCCCACCUCGGGAGACAGGUUUCAGAGAAUACAGGGUUAUUACACAUCUUUCGCGCAGACGGAGCAACGAUGGCAGGACAGUAAAACUAGACCUGCCAGAUGAGCCUAUCGAGACACCACUUUGUGACUUCAGUCCAAUGACACACACUGCAGCAGCUGAGGUGCCGUGGGCAGAUAGACAGCCCAUGCAGGAUGCCUCUACGCUCACAAGUCCUCCUGAUUAUGAGGACAUAUGCCAGACUUUGCGUCACUCUAGAGACCCAACAGAUGUCAAUAAAGUGUCUGCAGGCAAUUUUAAAUCGAAUAACGCAGAGACUCUUCAAGAUCUCAGUGCUGAAUCGGAAGAGGACUGCCCUAUUUGUAAAAGAGAACUUGAGAAUCAGAUGAGACUGGGCCCAUUGCCUCCACUUCACGAGGAGAACAGCUCGGACAGCUCGACCAAUCAAAAUGGCAGUCCACCACAAUGCAUUGGAGAAAGUCCAUCAGGAGAUAUAAAAACAGAGGAGCCAAAUGACUCAAGUUUGAAUCAGUCAGGGUCUGACCUAUGUGCUGGAACAAGGGAGCAGCAUUCAAUGACAGAGGAAAAUGUGGGAGAGGGUGAAAAAUCAGACAUUGCUCAGGCAGAAAACCUGGACGAUUUGUGCGCAGUUAAUCCUGCUGAGAGAAAACCAGCAAAUGGAGCUACAGCUAAAAUAUUAGCAACUGAUGUGCCAGCAGACCCCCAAGUCACAGAGGAACAGAGUGUGAGUGAAACAGUAACUAAGGAAGUAGAAUUAGCAGAGAAGGAAGCCAUUACAGGAGAAACACCUGAGGGCGGUGCAGACAAACAGACUGCUGAAGUGAAAAGUGAGUGUGAGGGACAAGACAGUACAAUGCCUGAUGACAAACAGGAGCAAGAAAAGAAGCCAUUUGCAGUUCCAGAACAUAGACUUGGUCUACGGACUCAUUUGGGGCGUGACCACCCCGGGUUACCGGAGUUUCCGCCAGAUAGACUGCCACUUUCAGUUCCCCCAAAGUUAGACCGCAGGCUGUCUCUCAGCUUGGAGGGGGAGAAGAGGAGCAAGGGCCCCGCCCAACGAAUGGAAGCGUUGCAGACCAAACUGGCUGUUUCUCCAGGUCGCAUGGCAGCUGAACGCAUGGGUUGGAUGAGGGAGCAUCAGGAGUACUGA